ACUGCAGAUGUCUCAAGAGGAUGGCGAGACAAAAAGAGAAGUAAAUGCUUUGUCUUACCACGCAGGAGGAAGGCGUCUUUUCAGCAUGUGGAUUUUUCUAGGUUUCCUCUCCCACAUCUCCAAAGUGGGGUCUCUGAAUCCUCACACUGCUCCAGUGGGAGAAAGCAUCACAUUUCAUUGUUCACAUUUCCUAGCUGAUGGAAACAUCAAAUAUUUCUGCAGAGACUCUUGUGUGGGUGAUAAUAUUCUCAUUCGAUCAGAGAUAGGAGAGAAUCCGACUGGCACAGGUAGAUACACUCUGUCUGAUGAAGGAUCAGACUUCACCGUGACCAUCACUGACCUGCGGUUAUCAGACUCUGGCACUUACAUCUGCGCAGUAGACAGAUUUUUUAAAGACACUUACAACUAUGUAACUCUACAUGUGAUUGAGGUUUCUACGUUAACACCUGUUCCAACAAGUGCAUCCAGACCUCCUGGAAGAAGAACAACUACAGAUAUAACCGAGAAUAAGAGAACAUCAGUGAUGAAGCGGUCAACUGUCAACACUUCGCCAAAAACCAUGAGCAGAUCAGCACUGUUUGAUCCUAUGGUUCUUGUUGGUGCUGCCCUUGGUGCUCUGGUGCUGAUUUGUACAGUCAUCUUCUUCAUACUUAUCAAACUAAAGCAGAAGAGACGCUCCUCCAGUUUGACAUCAUCUGCACAUCAACCUGAUUUUCUGAUUUAUACCACACCGAAUGUCACUGCACAAACAGACAGUCUGAACUAUUCCUCUGUGAAGUUUAUCAAAGAACCCAACUGCAGUGUGAAGACCAAUGAAAUGUUUGAAAUGAACCCGAAUGAAGGGGUAGAAACCCUUUAUUCAUCUGUUCAAACUCAACACCAUUCAGGCAUCUUUGAUCCAAACUCAAUAAUCUAUUCCAUUGUUCAUAAAGGACAGUAGAUGAGGUCGAUUUGACAAGUGCACUUUUAAUGUAUAGUUCAAAUGUCUUUCUGUUGUUGUCCAUGCUUUACUGCAGAGGUUCUCAACUCUGGCCCUCGAGGUCCAUGUUCCUGCAAAGUUUAGGUCCAGCCUUGAUCAAACUCACCCGUCUGUAACUUUCUAGCAAUCCUGAAGCCCGUUGAUUAUGGCUUGUUCAUGUAUGUUUGAUUAGAGUUGGAGUUAAACUCUGCAGGAAAGUGGACCUUGAGAAACCUAUACAGAAUACAAGACAGAGGUGUUUGCUAGAAAGAUUUCAUGUCUACAUUAAUAUUUUUUAUACAGUGCAAGUCAGCUAAAUGUCCUUCAGAUUGUGAGUCAGUACAUAUGGCACUUCCCCACAGUCAGUUACAGGGUAUUUAAAGGUGAAGUAUGUAAUUUUUAGAUACUGAAGUAUACUUUCAUAUCCUGUUAUCAUGCAGAAGUAAGCCAUGUCUUACAUUUUUCAUAAAUGUCAAAAUGUGCACUUUUCCAAGUUGGAGAACUGUAAAUAGACAAAGGAGUAAACCCCUAAGAGUAAAUAUUAGUAACAAUUUAAUUCUUAUAUGAUUUAUGAAAGACCAUACACUUGAGUAACUUUUACCUAUAUGGUGAAAAGUCAUGAUCAUAGUGUUAUAACAUAGUAGUGUCUGAAAUGGUUCAUAACAUUUUUUGAACUAAAAUAUAGGGUAUAAAUUACAAAAUGGACAAUAGAUGCUUUUCUUACAACUUCAUUGUAUAUAUAGUUCAUUAUUAAGCACAAGAAGCAAAACAAGUGUCUUUAGGACAGUUCAGUUUUAAGAGUGUUUAUAUCAUUCAGUAAGACUAUGGAAGCAUUAUAAUUAUGUAAUAUUUAGUACCUCUGAGGAGAACUUAAUGGCAAAUUGCUUGUCCUUGUUGCUUGAUCAUAUAUUAUCCCUAAAAGUCACAAUGAUUUAUUCUCAUUGCAUUGUAUAACAAAAUAUAAACAUUAAGCAUUUAUAUUCAA